AUCAUCAUCAUCAAGCUCAGCUCUACCUGGGAAACGUCCCCAAAACAAAGACAAAGACAGCGGAGGCGACUUGUUUCUAUUUCCGUGCCCGUCCCCAACCACCCGCGUCCCCCGCUUUCCAUGGCCGCCGCGGCCGGAUGAUGUCCAGAAAGCCCCUCCUCCCCUGCCGCGGGCCUUCCCCUCCCGCCCAGCUCCUCCUCCCAAUCCGCCGCCUCCUCCUCCUCCCCCGCCGCCGCUCCUCUCCGCCGCCGUCGCCCGACCGACGGAGGCCGCCCGCUAUGGCCGGCGCCGGCCAGCCCGUGGCCCCCGCGGCCGCGGCCGCGGCCGCGCCGGUGUCGGCCACCUCCUUCCGGGUCGGCAUGGUGCGGGUCGUCUCCUUCCUCGUCGGCGGCCUCAACUGCGCGGUCAUGCUGCUUGGCCUCUACCUCAUGGACGCCGUGCUCCCGCCGGGAUGCGGCGGGGGGCUCGCCGUCGCCGCCGCGCCCGUCAUGGCCGGGGUCCGGGUGCUCGCCAUGCUCGGCACCGCCUGGGCCCAGCACGCCACCGCGGAUGCCAUCGCUCGCCGCCACCUGGACGAGGAAGCCGCCUCGGUCGCCGAGGACGCCGUGGCCCGCCACGAGAUCAGGUUACUACAUACCAAUCUUUGUUCAGGCGCCCUGCACUUGAUGGUGAUAACUGGUGGCGAGGUCAUGCUGCAGCUUUCCUUAGAUUUGCUAAUAUAGCACCUACUGCACUUGUUUGAGGCCGCGUUCGUCAGAGCAAACGUGAAGCUGCUUACUUUGUUGUGGUCCUCCACGAGAAAAAGACUGUUCUUAUUGGGGUGCGUGGGACAGAGACACCAGAGGAUCUCAUAACCGAUGGAUUAUGUAGAGAGUGUGCUUUCACUAAGGAAGAUUUGGAUGGAUUAGUAAAUUUGUGCCAGUUGUGUAGACUCUACAAAAUUUCAAUUCGGCCAAUACCAUUACAAAACCCAGGUAACUUGCGAGAUACACCACCGCCAUCAUUAAUAUAUCAUUUCUUAGGUUUAGUUGGGGAAUACACAUUGAAAAAUCUACAUUACCUCUUGGUUAAAGACGUGUUCCUACCUAUUUUCUUCUUUGUUGGCUCAUUUGUUUUUUCUUUUUGCACGGUGGACCACUUUUAGCGUUGACAAAUCCGCAUAGCCUUCUUUUGUGAUGUUUGAAUAUGUUAGGUUGUGGCUUCGUUGAACAUGUAAUGCUGAGCUGUGAUAGCCGCCUUACAAAAUGGAACGAUAGUUGAAUAAAAAAUUGUGACAUAGAUGGUUUAGUACGUGGCUAAACUUGGUCCACGAUGCAAAAAGAAAGAAAGGGCCUAGUCAGAUCAUAUACACAGCAAAGGAAAAGUAGUUGGACCAUGUCCUGAACCAAAGUUUAACAUAUGUCAAGUUACCUGGUUUUUGCAAUGAUACUGGGCAAAUUAACGUUUUUGUAGUUGGUAGCAACACAAAAUAUAACCGUGUCACAUAGCCAAAAAUUAGCUACUGUGCGUGGAAUCACCUUUGGGGAUUGCUUGCCCACAGCACACAGGUUUAGUAUCUGAAUUUUCUCAAAAUACAAAAUGGUCCUUGAUUUAAGUUUAGUUUUGUUGGUUUUGAUCCUUGAACUCCUUUUCCUCCCAUACAAUAUUCUUGAUUUAAUUUUAUGCUUAGUUUGUCUUUCUUUUACCAUCAUUAUCAAUUUUCCAGCCAUUGCAUAGUCAGUUGUUGUGCACAGUUAAACAAAAUGGAUAUUGUAGUGCUUCGGGUGGUUAGCGAAAACGCUCAUCUCAAAGUAUUUGAACAUUUAUUAUAUGACGGAGUCCACAACAAAUACGCUGUGAGCUCUGUCUUAAGGAAAAUCGGAUAAUUGGACCUAGUGUCAAGUGAUUUUUUAGUAGAGAAACUGUUAGAACGAUGACAUCAUAUAUUUGUAUUUUUGUUCUCCGUACGGGUUAUGUAUCUUAUGUUGUUCAUGCACGGAGGACUCCAUAGUUUGGACGCUGACUCCCAAUGGGUGUUAUACGGCCAGUUCUGCCUACAAAGCUCAGUUCUUCCCCGCUUUGCCUUGCUCCUUUGGUAACAUUGUUUGGAAACCUUGGGCCCCUCCAAAAUGUCGUUUCUUUGCAUGGCUUGCGGUGCAAAACCGCCUCUGGACUGCUGACCGUCUUGCCAAACGAGGAUGGCCGCAUCAACCUUCUUGUCAGCUAUGCAGAUGCUUCCCGGAAACGGCUCGGCACCUGCUCUUCGAAUGCCGCUUCUUUAAGAGAAUAUGGAUUGAUGCGGCUUCCUGGUUGGACUGCCCGGACCUUAUCCGCUGCCUCGGGGCGGGGAGGUCUAGAGUGUUAGACUACUGGCAUGCUAUCGCAAAAACUCCCACCUCCUCUCCCAAAGGUUUACAAACUGCAAUCAUGCUUAUCAGUUGGGAGAUAUGGAAAGAGAGGAAUGAGCGGGUCUUCAACAAUAAAUCUUCCUUGCCUUUGGUUGUCCUGCAAAAGAUCAAGGAUGAAGGGAAGGACUGGGUCCUUGCCGGCGCUAAGAAUCUGGCGGAUCUUAUAGGCUGAUUGUGCUUGUUUUUAGGGGCGGGUUCUUCUUUUCCCGCCUUCUCCCUUUUUUCUUUUUGGCUCUUGCCAAACCCUGUUUGCUUCUCCUAUAUUAAUAUAAGGCAAAAGCUUUUUUGCCCGUUUC